ACGUUCUAUUAUUUUAUACACUCAAAACUCUAUAAUUAAGAUAAGUUUACUCGAACCAUGUCUUUUUCUUCAACAAUGUUACUGCUGACUACAGGCUUUCUCUUGCUGUUUGUUUUCACAGAAUCUACACGACAUGCCCCAUCGGUUGCAUCGAAAAAUGAUUACUAUCAACUCAAUCUUCUCGGAGGAGCAAUCGGCCCUGAAAGUAUUGCUUUUGAUUGCAACGGGAACGGACCUUACUCUGGUGUUUCCGAUGGUCGGAUUCUUAGAUGGAAACCGGAAGCACAAAGUUGGGUCGAAUUUGCGUUCACCUCACCUCAUAGAAAUAGGCGACUAUGUGAUGGAUCUAUGGAAAAGGAAAAAGAAUCAGCAUGUGGGAGACCGUUAGGUUUAAAAUUUGAUAAAAAAAGCUGUGAAUUAUAUAUAGCAGAUGCUUAUUACGGGCUUUUAAAAGUAGGACCAAAUGGAGGAGUUGCUACACAACUUGCUAGCUCAGCUGAAGGAGUGCCGUUCAAAUUUACAAAUGAUUUGGACAUUAAUUCAGACAACGGUGUCGUUUAUUUUACCGAUAGCAGCACUUACUAUGAAAGAAGAGACUUUAGCCAAAUAAUUCUUACAGGAGAUAAAAGUGGAAGACUAUUGAAAUAUGAUCCAGCCACCAAGAACGUUAGCGUAUUGCAUAGAGGUUUAUCAUUUCCAAAUGGUGUCGUUUUAGCCAAAAAUAAUUCAUAUCUAUUACUUGCUGAUUCAACUAAUUUUCAAAUCUUGAAGUUUACACUCUCUAGUCAUCAUAAUGUAUCCGCUCCUCAAGUUUUCGCAAGGGUCGACAAGUUUGCAGAUAACAUUAGAAGAACCGAUAAUGGUGAUUUUUGGGUCGCAUUAGGUAGUCAUAAACAUCCUCAAAUUGUUACCGAGGUCCCUGUCGGUAUCAAAUAUGACGAACAUGGAAGAAUUAUUAAGGUUGUUAAUUCGGAUGAUACUAACACUCUGGAAUUGGUGAGUGAAGUUGAAGAACAUAAUGGAAGGCUGUGGUUUGGAUCUCCAGCACGACCUUAUGUUGGUACUACGAAGUCUAGUUAGUAUACCCGUCUUUGAAGCAAGCGAAUCAAAAUCGACGUAUUAAUCAAACUGCUUUGCUUUUUGGUUUUGCUUAAUUGAAAAUUUAUUGUGUAUCCCCGAUCUUCAUAAAUCCUUCUCAUAUGAACUCAUCAUUCUAAAAGUGGUCUAUUGUAACUAAAUUAAAAUUUCACAAUUGUUGUAGUUUA